CGGAGGUGGGGAGAGGAGGCGUGAGCACCAGGAAAAGCGGGGGCCGACGAUAGGUUCCGAUCUCUCUCCAGCUUGCGGGAUCGCGGACCCAAUUCGAUUCCGCCCCGAUCGAUCGAUUCGUGCCGGCCCUGCCUUCGCUUUCCCCCUUGGUAGUCGGUAGAUUCCUGGUGGGGAUUUUUUCUUCCUGUUGAGCCGAUUUUUCCCGAUCGGAUCGGACCGGAUCGAGUCCGGAGAUGCGAAUCGAGGAGUUCCACGGUGGUUCCGGUGGCGGCGGUGGGGGUGGAGGUGGAGGGGAGCUGCAGCUGCGCCGGGAGGACGGCUGGGAGCUGAAGCUGCGUGCCGAGCAUGCCGCCGAUGAGGUGCAGGGAGAGGAGGAGGGCGCCGCGAGGGCGAUCGUGCGGGCGGCUUUCGACGCCAAGCGCGCGGCGGUGGGCGUGGGCGCAAGGAUGCUAUUCUACCCCACGCUGGCGUACAACGUCGUCAGGAACCAGUUCGAGCCUCACUUCCACUGGUGGGAUCAGGUCGACGAGCAUGUGCUGCUGGGCGCGGUUCCGUUCCCGAGCGAUGUUCUGCGGCUACAGAAGCUUGGAGUCUGCGGCGUCGUCACGCUAAACGAAUCGUAUGAGAGGCUCGUGCCCAAGCCACUGUAUGAGGCUCAUGGGAUUGAAAACCUGGUGCUACCAACUCGUGACUACCUUUAUGCGCCUUCAUUAGACAACCUAUGCAAGGCUGUUGACUUCAUCCACAGAAAUGCUUCAUGCGGUAAACUGACCUAUGUUCACUGCAAAGCUGGACGGGGACGUAGCACCACAGUUGUGCUUUGCUACUUGGUUCAGUACAAGCAAAUGACACCUGCUGGAGCUUUUGAACAUGUACGGUCAUGCAGACCAAGGGUUUUAUUGGCUUCAGCACAAUGGAAAGCUGUCCAGGAAUUCUACCAGCUAAGAGUGAAGAAAACUGUUAAGCCCAGUUGCCAGGACAAACCAAUCAUCAAGUCCCCGUCUCCAGUGUUCCUUGCCACUGGCAACCUCAUCACUUUUGAUGAGAAGACAUUUGUGAUGGUCUCAGAAUCAGACCUAGAAGGGUAUAAUGCGGAUACCUUGGCAGUUAACAUGGGCAGUGACUUGUGGGAAAUAAGCUUAGUAUACCGCGUGCAGUUUGCCAGCCAGGCAGCAUUUGCAGGGUUUUCAUACCUGUGGUUGCAGUGCCGUGCCCAGAAGGACAAGGAGGCACUUGCCGAGAGCAUGGGGAGUGAGAGCUGCUCUCUUGAGGCGGAGCAGCCUGCCAAUGGUCACCCCUGUCUACUUCAAGGUGUUGUGGUUAAUCCAUGAAUCGUCCUGAGCGACCUGGUGUCUUUUUGUCUUGCACCCGUACAUAUGAAAGAGAAGGAGAUGCAGUGUGAAGCCUCUACUCCAGUCUGCAGCAACCAAGGAGUGCAGUUGCUCGAGUCUGUAUAUAUGUGUUGUAAUAAGUUGACUGCUACGUGUACAAAGGUAAAUGGAAACCGCCUCAAAUUGUUAACCUUACUUGCGAAAUCUGUAUAUAUAUGUACUACUACUUUCUUA